UUAUAAGCGCAAAUAAGAAAUAAUGUGUUUUAACAGCAAAUUUCAAAUUUUUGUAUUUUUAUAAGUGAAAGGAAAAAUUUAAAAUAUAUACCUACGCUUAGUUAUUAAAAGGCAAAUCACACGGAUUUACCUUUGCAGACGAAGGUUGUACCGGGAAUCAAGGAUUGGCUGCGCAAAGUUUGCGCGCCUAAAGGGGUGUGCGUCGGAGGGUGCUAGUUUCUGGGUUGGAUAUAUAUGGAUGGUACGCGAAGCAAUUCGUCUCAUCGUUAUAUCCGCAACUAGACGAGUCUGGUUUAACUUUAUAAACCAAGUUAGUUGGAUACGUUUCUUCGGUUCUCAAAUUUUUAUCCAGUUUCUUUUUUUUAAAUCCAAAAGUAACCAUCAUCAUCUCUAUUAUUAAAAGCGUCUCAAUUUUAUUAAUGAACGAUGGUUGCACAUAUUACCUGGAUUAGUCUAGUAUUAUUAGUGGGAUCACUCAUAAUUGAAGGAAAUGGAGAACCAAUGGCGAGGCCAAUGCCACCAAAAGUAUUUAACAGUGCAGAAGAUUUGAGAAAAUAUCUAGAACUUAUAAAAGAUUAUUACAAUCUUAAUGGAAAAGCAAGAUACGGUAAGAGGUCAACAGAAACCCUUUUAACGUCGGGAAAUUACAACAAUCCAAGUGAUACAUUGAGAAUGAUAUUAAAUCAAGGUCGUGAUAAUCGUCGAGAUAUGGAAAUGGAAAAUGAUCUUUCAAUGCGUUUAGAAACGAAUAGGCCACAAAUUCAAAAUAGAAUGCAACGACUGUCAUCGUAUCCUUAUAGUUUUCUGUCAAAAUACUAUCGUAAUAUUCAAUAAAUUCGACAAUUUUUUUUCAUUUUCUAAUAAUAUACCUACGU